AUGGGUUUCACAACAGGCUUCUUAGGAGGCGUCACCUUGACCUACUCCAUCCUCUACUUCUCCCUCUACAUCCAUCGAGCAAACAGGAACGUCCAGCGCACCCUACUCUCCCAGCAAUCCAACCUGCUCAACUCCGUCAUCGACCCUCCUGCGCCACUCCCAGACCCACCGGCAUAUGAAGUCCGCAAAGCCGGCCUGACCGAGGUGCUGAAAGACCGCUGGAACCGCGAAGUCGAGAAGCUCGUGCGCAACGCUCAGGAAACCGACUGGGCGCAGAAACGUGAACAGUACGAGGAUCGCCUGUCCACCGUCUGGGGUAAAGUGCGAGCUUCGGAGCAAGGCCGCGAAAUUGAGGCCAAGGCCAGAGACCUAGAGCAGAAUGUUGAGGAUAGGGCUAGGCAACUGGGCCAGACUGUCAAGGAUAAGGUUGCCGAAGGCAAGGAUGCUUUGACGACGGCGAAGGACGAGGCCAAGUCGAAAUCCAAAUCGGUGGGUCGAGAGCCAAGGUUACUUGAGUUAAAAUGA